AUGUUCUACCGUCGUAUUACCAUUCUACGCGUUAUGGCGUCCUCCUCUUCGUCUUUUUCGUCUUCCUCCUCUUCAUCGUCCUCUUCUUCAUCUUCAUCUUCAUCGUCUGCCUACACCAAACAAACUCAUAUACAUCCUGCUUCACCCUAUGAUGUGUUGGGGGUGACGCCGAAUACACCAUUCAAAGAAGUGAAGGCGCGAUUUCAUGAACUUACUCGUCAUUAUCACCCAGACAUGCCGCAAGGGGAUCCAGGGAAGUUUAGAGAAAUAAAUGCCGCCUACCGACAAAUCCGCGCCGCACAACGUGAGCGGAAGUCGGAGAGUUUUAAUACAGAGAAUUUUAACAGCAGUGAAAAUAAUAAUUUUUGGUCAAAUCGUAACUACAAAAACGUGAAUGAUCGGGAGUAUGAUUACACCUAUGCACGUGAACGGGAGCGUAGAGAUCGAUAUACCAAUCCAAAACGAUAUCAGAAUGCAUAUAUACGUGAUAUUAUGUGGUUUUAUGAAGGAUAUGAAAUGGCUUUUAUACUUGGUGCUGCUGUGGCAGUUCUUAUCAUUGCAGUGGAUCGAUAUUUAUUGGUCCAACGCAUGUCUCGUGAAAAGCGGGCGCGACUACGAGCCAUGGAUGAGGGUUUACCUCCCACUAUGCCAAUGGUUGUCGAUGAUGAGAUGCUUCAAAAAUACAGUGAACGUGUCCCAAAGGAGGCUAUUGAUAUAGAUAACGCUAUGGUGAAGGAAGAUGCAUACUACAGACGAGCCACUCAACGACGUUUUGAAGAUUUUCGAGAAUUUCUUUUCAUUUAUGAUCCUGAUGGUGUAGCAUCACGUAAGGUUACAACCUCACGUUUCAGUAUUCAGUAUAUGGAUGAAAACCUUAUCCCAAAACGUUGUACUCAUGUCCGUGAGUUUAACUCUGAAGAAAAGAAUAAACAAUAUGUGGAUAUUGCUAAAGAUGUAUCUGAGACACUCAGUACAACCCCAUGGGUUACCCCAGACGCACAGUUCAUCUCACCACUUAUUGCUAAAGGACUUGCAACGAUUCCAAUGAAUUCUCCAGACACUGCCAAGUGGACCUUUAUUGAGUAUAAAGACAACGACACUGGAGCUGACCCUGUGUGUUUAAUGGCACUGAAGAACAAUCGUUUUGCCAAUCUUGGAAUGUGCCAGCGAGUGACGGUGACGGGUAGUAGUAAACUAAGUCCACGACUUGUGGAGAGACGGGAAGCAGAUCUGCAGGCGGGUACACUAACGAAAAGAAAACUUCAGCAGGGAGGAAAGUUACCCGUAAAGGAUCUCUCUGUUCCUCUUGAAAAGAUGAAGCUCUAG